UCAUUAUCACUUAAUAGGAGUUGAAUGUGGAUUGUCGGCAGAGAGUUUUUAAUGCUUUUUAUUCGUUAUUUCUUGUAUUAAAAGUAAUAAAAAUAUAAGUGAUAAUGGACUCUUGAAUUAAGUUUUGAUCAAAACAAGUCUUGAUAUAAAUAUUAACUGCGUAUGAACUAAGAUAAAUAGACCAAUGUCGUCACCAUCCAAGCAACGUUUCAAAAGGCAGACCUGGUAUAAACGACUCAUACAUAAGAGGCUGCCCAUCACAAAAUGGAUGCCUGAAUACAAUUCAGAGAAGGCAAUUGCUGAUUUAAUCGCUGGAACCACAGUGGGUCUCACUGUUAUACCUCAAGCCUUAGCGUAUGCUUCACUUGCCGGAUUGGAUCCUCAGGAUGGCCUGUACUCGUCCUUUAUGGGCUGUUUCGUGUACAUUAUAUUUGGAUCGUGCAAAGAUAUAACACUCGGUCCCACAGCCCUCCUAGCGCUUAUGACAUAUGAACAAAUUCAGGGCAGGAAUGCGGACUACGCUAUUCUUCUAUGUUUCCUUACUGGCGUAGUGCAACUUAUAAUGGGAUUAUUGCAUUUAGGAGUCCUUAUAGAUUUUAUAUCAGUCCCAGUCACCGUCGGAUUCACGUCCGCAACGUCUGUAAUCAUCGCUGUAUCACAAUUGAAAGGAUUGUUGGGUUUGAAAUUCAAAUCUGGUGGAUUUUUAGAUACGAUAGUGAAGGUGGUUGUAAAUAUACCAAAUGCGAAAGUAGCUGACAGUGUUUUAGGCUUAUCAUGUAUUAUUAUUCUACUUCUUAUGCGUAAAUUAAAAGACUUAAAAGUACCUCCGAGCCAGAAAGUGUUGAAAAAAACUCUAUGGCUACUAUCCACGUCUAGAAAUGCGAUUAUAGUUGUAUUAUGUUCAUUAAUGGCGUUUUUAUUUGAUAAAUUUUCUACGUCGCCAUUUAAUCUUAAUGGCGUUGUAAGAGAAGGUCUUCCAAAUUGGAAUGUACCACCGUUUACUACGUGGCAUGAAGGAAGGGACGUGUCUUUUACCGAAAUGUGUUCAAACCUUGGCUCUUCCAUAGUUUUAGUUCCUAUAAUAGGCGUAUUAGGCAAUGUGGCGAUAGCCAAAGCAUUCGCCAGUGGAGAAACAGUGGACGCAACUCAAGAACUGUUAACGUUGUCUCUCUCUAACAUAUUGGGUUCAUUCGUAGGCGCGAUGCCAAUCACUGGCUCGUUCUCCCGCAGCGCUGUGAACCAUGCUAGUGGUGUUGCUACGCAAUUUGGCAGUCUUUAUACAGGUGUCCUGGUAUUGCUGGCGCUUAGUCUAUUGACUCCAUAUUUCUACUAUAUACCUAAGGCAUCGCUCGCCGCCGUCAUUAUUUGUGCUGUGAUAUUUAUGAUAGAAUACGAGGUAGUGAAACCUAUGUGGCGGUCUCGACGUGCUGACCUUGUACCGGCGUUCGCAACAUUUGCUUUAUGUCUUACUGUGGGCGUUGAGUUAGGCAUUCUCGCCGGAGUGGCUGUAAACGUCAUGUUUCUAUUAUACCCCAGCGCAAGACCACAACUUGACGCUGAAAUUGUUACAAAUGCAAAUGGCUUAAAAUACUUAUUAGUAACAGUUGACAAUAGUUUAUACUUUCCUGGGAUUGAAUAUAUUCGACAAUACGUAGAAAGGGCUGCUAAGAAGAAAGGAGGCUGCAGCAUGCCAGUAGUCAUUGAUUGCAGAUAUGUUCUUGGUGCCGACUUUACUGCAGCUAAAGGUCUGUGCGCACUGUCGAACUCUCUGGCAUCACGUGGCCAAUCGUUAGUGUUGCUAUCACCAAGGGCUAGCGUAGCGUCGGUGUUCAGUGGCGCUGGCUCCAGUGUUGCACUUGUAUUAUCUACUAAUGAAUUGGAUGCUAUAUUACAAGAUCUCACAAGCCAGAUGGCAAGGCAUUCAACACAAGCGACAGGAAACUACACACCUCCGCCAAAUUAUGCUUCUCUUACUCAAUUAGACGAUGAAAUUACGGAUGUGGUUGUGUCUAAAGAACUUAAUAAUAUUCCUUUGUUAUUAAAUAAUAGAGUGUGUGAGAUAUCCAAAUCCCACCCCAGCGAAGUGAAUGACACGUGAGUGAGAAAUGUUAUAUUCCCGAAUAUUGCCAUAUAGAUAUCAAUGAAGACUUUCCAUUCAAAUGAGUACAGUCAUAGGAAAUAAUAUAUAAAUACUUCAGUACCUUAUUGCCGUGACGUUAUUGAUUUUUCAAAGAUUUCAAUCACUUCAUUUAACUAAGAAACUUUUAGCAAUAAAUUUUUUGUUUAAAUGGUUAAUAUUACAAUGACUGUAACGUAUAUAUGUAAUAAAUUUAAUUUAACAAACGUUGUUAGAAGAUAAAUGUAACCAUAAGAAUUCUCGAAUGGACUUGAAUCUAUAUACCUCACGGGAUUAUAACAUGGCACCUACGUUAACUAGGUUUAAUGACGUCGUAACACACAAGGCUAAGUAAUUUGCACUUUUCACAAUCUAUUCUGUAUGUCUUCGAAGCUUGCUGGAAACAAACAUUUUUAAAUAUCAUUCUAAAUACUUUUUAAAGAGCCUUUGUGGGUCGGAAAGAAACCAAAUAUGUCAUUUAGUUUGCAUGUAGCAUUUCUUUUAUGCAGCUUAUCUUAUGUGCGCAACAUCAACCUUCAAUACUUACUCAAAAUAUGCAAAUUGUAAAUCAAUUUACCCAGUACUUCUAGAAAAGAAGAUUUUGACAUUUUAUAUAUUAACAUGAAUUUUGCCUUUUCUCGCUCAGUUCUCUUGUAAAGUCUCUCUAAAAUGUGCAAACGCAUCUAUGUCUAAUGAUAUACGGGUAUGUAUAUAAAUGUCUCCAUUUUCUUUUUUUUUUUUUUUUUUGACUUCGUAAACAGCCAAACGACAUUAAUAUUUAUAAGAAAAAAAUCGGUGUACCUUCUCUGUCAGCAAUAGAUACGUAUUUAAUUUAUUCAUCUUGACCGUCUACAGAGUUCAUACGAGGUCAACCUAAAUAAAUGUAAAUUACAAUAUUACCUUUAUGAUUUAUACUUGAUGUUAAUGUACCGAUGAGCGAAGGCGAUAUUUAAGAUUUCCAAAUGCAGGGUAUUUUAAAUAUUUUUUAAUAUAUUCGCACCCAAACAUAAAGAUAGUGUGAACACGAACCAAUGUGAAAAAACCAUGUGUAUUUGGGUGUGAAAAUGAUUUAUUAAUUAUUAUAAAAAUAUUUCUUUCUGUUUCUUGUACUGUUCUGUAAUUUGAAUAGAUAUUAAAAUAAUCACAUCUAUAAGCGUAAAUAUAAGUCAAAAUUUAAAUCAGUUUAAUGAAUAUCAUUUCAUAAUAUUAAAUUAUAACUUGUUAUCUCGCCCUUAAUAUAUGAUUUCAAUUCAUUCUCUUCGCUUGAAUUAUCUUAAACUUUUGCCUCAUUCAUGCCCGAUCUAGGGUGGAAGGGGGAUGUGCCGACACGAAAAAUAAUAAUAAUUCUUUAUUUACAAAUACCCAGAGGCAGAAUGCUCAAAUAUCUACCAACAUGCUAAUUAAUAGGGCCCUACCAACCGGAUAAAUUGAUUGUGAUCCCUAUCAUUUCCUUUGUAGUCAGGUUUAUAUACACAGUUUGUAACACAACAACAAAAUUUCAAAUAAUAAUUUCAUUGUGAAUUCAGUAGUGAAUACUUGCUCGUAUUUCGAGGAACUGAAGUAGGAAAUAGAUAUGACGUAUAAAGAAUAUAUAUGUAGGUGUGUAUUAGUGCCAGAUUUUUAAUCUUGUUUUUGCAAUACGAGUAAACUGAGUAACUUACUAAUUUACUACUGGGUGCAAGAUAAUGUAAGUUUGUUCAAUUUUAUAAAAAAAAGAAACUUAAAACUUUUUCUGUAAAAAAUAAUAAAAAUGUGUUAUGCAUGGAUACUUAUAUUUCCCUCUAUUCAUUUUAAUAGACGUUAACUGAAAAGAAAACUAUUUAAAUAGGAAAUUUAUAUGUAAAUGUGACAGUAACGCCGAUAGUACCUAUAGCAACUCGAUAUAGUAUACUUCGAUAAUAUAGAACAAAACAAUUUCUAAUUUAUUGGAGUUUCGCUUCGCCACACUGUUGUGAUAACAAAAUACAUUAUAAUUAUCUAUUCACUAGAAAUCGAUGAGGCUUUUAAAACAAAUGUACAAACGAAAUAUAUUUAUAUAUAGCAAAUAAACAUGGAAUAAAUUCUUCCAUUUUGACAAGAAAAGUAUGACACGUGAAGUCUUGUAAUAGUGAAAUAAGUAUCUGUAACGAGCAAGCGAGCACAUACCUGUUCUUCCUUCCUUGUUAGAUUUUUGUUUAAUAUAAACGUAAUAUAAUUUUGCGAAUGUUCCCGGAGUAUUUUUCGACUUCUGUUCACGAACAAUAUUGUUCUUUUAGUCGAGCUCUCCCGUAAUACAGAAUACACUAAGGUCAGUUCUGAUGCGCCAUUUCACUAAACCUAUCUCUAAAAUUAAAAUAUCAAUUUGAUAUCCCAGCGAUAUCUUUAUUGUAAGAACCAAAAUGAACCAAAUUUUAAUAGAUUUAAGUCCAAAUUGAAUGUUAAUUUAGUUUAUGAUGGCCCAUAAAACAGUAAUUUUGUGAAAUUAUCAAAUUUAAAGAUAAAGUUAAAAAAUAAGUUUUGAGAAAUGGCUCCCUUUUAUCUUUUGAGAUGGUACCGAAUAUACUUUAAAAACCUAUUUUCCUACCUAAAUAUAAAGCUAAUUUAUUUAAAAUUUCUUGUUGUGUGCAUAGCAUCUUUAACUUAAUUAAUAAAUGUCCAAAUUUGAUUAUGUUAUAAUUUUAACACUUUAAAAAUUUUGGUACCUACGGUUUGUUGUAUCUUGACAUAACAAUUAUUUAUAGCGCGCACUCUACCUUAUUUUCUUUCUUAUUUAUAUUGAUUAAAACCAUUGUUUUUGUAAAUGUAAGAAAAAUAUAAUUUAUAUAAUUUAACAUGCAAAAUCCCCAAAAUUAUACAUAAUUUAAUGUUAUAUAUAUACUUGAGUACCUAUUAGAUAUAAUUAAGAUUUAUGUAAAAAAUAUUUUUUUAGUAAAAAUGCAAUAUAUUAUAAUAAUUAUAAAUUUCUCUAUAUAUGUAUAAUACCAAUUUUUGUUACCAAUAACUUAUUGAAAAUAUAGACUUCUUAUUUUAAGAAAUAAAAUGCACAG